AUGGCACCGCCGCGCGUUAUACCUUGCUCCUGCGGUAAAACAUUUGCCAGGUUCUCUCAUCUGAAAAGUCACCAAGAACGCAUUCAUAAGAUUGUCAACGUGAACACUUCAAGGAAAAGUAAUUUGGUGUGUGCGGAGAGUCCAGAGAAGAGUUUCCCUACUCGCGUAAGUCUCCUACAGCACCACGUCUCCAAGCACGGGUUCGUCCCACAGACUGAACAUCACAAGUUCACUUCACUCGAAGCUUUCCAAGCAUGGAAACAACAAGAGGAAAAAAAGGUCCAGUGUAGAUUUGUGUCAUCCCGUGGAAAGUCAAACCUCGCAACUGGGGCAAAGAAGAAAUACCUCUACUGCCACCGUGCUGGAGAAUACCAAGGAAGAGGAACUAAGAAAAGGCAGCUGAAGAGCCAGGGAAGCUGCAGGUCUGGUGCAUGGUGCCUUGCUAGUCUGGAGUUUACUACAGAAACAGAUGGAGGUGUAUCUGUCACAUACCAGAAGCAACACAGUGGCCACAAACUGAAUGACGUCAGACACAUGCCACUCGGUGACAGUGAAAAGCAAAUGAUUGCAAGCCAGUUAGAGAUUGGCGUUCCUGUUGAGAGGAUCAUGACAAAUCUACAGUCUGAAUUUUCUGGAGAAAUCAUUUCACCACUGGACCUGACCACAAGGCAAGACGUUCGUAACAUUGCAGCUGAGUACAGCUUGGCAAACAAAGAACGGCUGCACCAAAAUGAUGCCAUUAGUGUCCACAUGUGGAUAAAAGAACAGCUAGAGAAACCAGAACCAAUUGUUAUAUACCCGGACCUGGACAUCUUUCAGCAACAGAACGCCCUGCCGACAACUGGAGAGGAGAACUUCCUCCUGGCGAUCAUGACGAGACAGCAGCGUGAAUUUCUUCGAAAACUGGGCACCAAAGCCAUCUGCAUAGACUCCACUCACGGAACAACUGGUUACGGCUUCAUGUUGACAUCUGUCCUAACAAUAGCAGAAGAUGGAUCUGGGCUUCCAUGCGCAUUUCUGAUAUCAAAAAAGACUGACCGGGCCACAUUACGGACAUUCUUCGAAGCUGUUAAAAAGCACACCGGCACAAUUGAAACAGAAGCAUUCAUGACAGAUGAUGCCCCAGCAUUUUAUAACGCAUGGUCUGACGUUAUGGGGAGACCAGAAAAGCGCCUUCUCUGCAUCUUCCAUGUGCGCAACAACUGGAAUCAAAACCUGAUGACAAAAAUCAAGGACACACAACUGCGAAAGAAUGUUCAUGACUUUCUUCACACUCUAAUGAGGGUAUCUGAAGAAGAUGAAUUUAAAUCCCUCUUGCAAGACUUCUUGAGGCAUAUUGAUGCUAAUUCAAGCCUCGUCGAAUUUUCAAAGUAUUUCAAGACACACUAUGCUGAGAGGCCAAAUACCUGGGCAAUGUGCUACAGACUUCACACAGGCCUGACAACAAAUAACUAUCUGGAAGGAAUGCACAGCCAACUGAAAAAUCAUUAUUUUGGUGGUAAGCACAACCAAAGGCUAGAUAAACUCCUCUCCUUUCUCCUUGAUAUGACAAAAAAGAUCCUUCGUGACAGAAUGAUUGGCAUCUACAAAGGCAAGAACACCAAGAGGCACACAGUUAUAUUUCAGAGCCACCAAAGAAGUCUUAGCAUACAAUCAGAAGACAUUAAGGAAGAAAGUGACAGCUGGAAGGUGACCUCACAUGACAAAACACAAGUUUACACUGUGUGCAGAAGAGAGCCAUGUUACGGCUGCAUGCUUGUCUGCAAGGACUGCAGCACAUGUGCUCAUGAUUUUUCAUGCACGUGCCCUGACUACACACUUCGUGCACAUAUGUGCAAGCAUAUACAUGCUAUUGCAUAUCGUGAAAAAGCCAAGACCUUGCAGAGCAAUAACGCGCAAUCUUCACUAUCCACUCCAUCAACAUCAACUUUUUCCCCAGCAGUUGAUGACCCCCUUGAGCUUUUGCGAGGAGCUUGUGAACUGAAUUUGAUGAACCACCAACCAAAGGCAACCAGUGAAGCUGCAAAGGACACUAAAAGGUUAUUCUAUACAGUGGUAAAAGAAUUCAGCAAGAAGUCAUUGGAAUGCUCUGAGCCAACAAAGAUCGAGAGGUUUCAAGCAGCAUUAAGAGUUCUUCAUGAGAGCAUCAUGGAGCUCACUGAUACUCCUAUGCAGGAUUCUUAUCGGACUCCACCAAAUAAGAAGCUAGAAAAGCAACCUGACUUUGGAUCCAAGGGGAGCAUGUCAUCAAAAGGCAACAAAUUGAGGAAUUAUCCAACAAAUGCGCAAGAAAAACUGCUGAAGGCUAUACUUCGUGGGCACCCGGAAGAGGAGCAUCUACUGAUUCAUGCAGGGGAUGACCAUCAUCUGUGA